AUGGACAGUCAACCCUGCAUAUUUUUGGGCAUUAAGAUAAAGCCUGGCCCAAUAGAACGGUUUAAAAUUGAAAACUUUGCAUUAGACAAUACUGUGGAUAGUCUUAAAAGUGAAGCAGAAAAGAAAACAAAUGUUCCAUCAGCUUCCUUAGAACUUAUACACCAUGGGAAAAUUUUGAAAGAUGAUGUCACUCUUCAAGAUAGUGGUGUUAAAAAUGGUGAGAUGAUUCAUGUGGUAAAGAAGAAGGUGCAGGCUGCAGCAGCACCACCACCAACAUACUCUGAUGCUGAGCUGCAGCAGCUCAACACAUCUUUGAGGACAUUGGGAUGCACCCCUAAUGCUCCUGGCUGGACAAGAGCAAUGCAGCUCUUAAAUGACGAAUCUGCAAUGGCUGAGAUUGUUGAACAAGCACCAUCUAUUGGAGAGGACUGUGUGGCUCUAUCUAUUCUACAUGAGGUCGAACUGUUAGCGGCGCUAGGAGCGAACAUUCACACAAUGAGGAGAGGUGCUACCGCUCAUCCUCAAUUACCAGCAGCUUUGCGACACCUGACGAGGCUUGUGCGUUCACGGUCUAAUACUAGUUCAUCUAAUGAAAGUGUGCCAACUUCAGGAUUUGCAUAUUCAUUGGAAGCUUUAUCUGAGGAUGAAGAUGCUGAUGAGGAAGAGAAUGAGGAAGGUGAAAGGAACCCCAUCACUCAUGAGCAGUUUGCUGCUGCUCUACAGGCAGCAACAGAAGCUGUGUCAUCUACGAGCAGUCGAGCUGCGGGAAGUAACGACAGUUUACUGAGAUUACUGCAAUCUGCCGGCGAAUCCAGCAGGACCACCUCAUCAGCCACUGAGUCUGGCACACCCACUGGCGUAGGUUCGACACGCCCCCUGAUAACACCGGAGAUGUUCAGCGAAGCAAUCUCAGAGGCUAUGAACAGAGCUGGUAGCGCUAGGAACACUGCUGGCACUCCAAUGGAUCAGAGCACAGCAGAAAAUUCAAAUGUUACAGCGUCGUCUUCACAAAGUCCGGUGGCGAGGGAACCUGGUCAAGAUUUCUCAACACAGCUCAAUCAUAUGCACGAAAUGGGCUUGCUAGACGAUGCCCUCAACAUACGUGCUUUGCUUAUUUGCUCAGGAGAUGUUAAUGCUGCUAUAAACCUCGUGUUUAGCGGUGCUAUUGGAGAUGAUUAA